CCCUGGUGUCGUGGCUCUAGAAGCUUCCCUGGCACUUGGGCAAUCUACGUGGGUCAUUGCAUACAUACACAUGUCAGCCAUGAAAACAUGGCACAUCUGUUCAUGGGAGGAGCACCACGUGCCUGUAAGUGCCAGGAACAAGGUGGGGAGGGUGUGAGGGUGCAGUGGCCAGAAGACUCAGAAGAUGCAAAGUGCCUAAGAGGGAGACAGGAUUUUCCCCAAGAAGAAGAGUUCUUAGAGGCACAUACACUAGACCUCCUUGGUUCUUAUCAGAAACCUGUCUGAAGCCAGGUGAUGAGUUGUACAUUCCAGGUGGGGAUAAGGGGCCCAGAGCCCCUAGGAAGGCACAGCAGCAGCCCCGAGACAGCCCUGCUGGGCCCCCCACCCUCCUAGGGCUCUGCCUUUCACCUGUGCUCACCUUCUGUCUCCUGCCUUCACCUUCUGACCCACAACAAAUGAUUCUCCACCCAGCAGAUAAAGUGAUCUCUUACAAACAUCUGUUGGCCGGAUGUGGUGUCUCAUGCUUGUAAUCCCAGCACUCUGGGAGGCUGAGGCGGGUGGAUCACCUGAUGUCAGGAGUUUAAGACCAGCCUGACCAACAUGGAGAAACCCUGUCUUUACUAAAUAUACAAAAUUAGCUGGGUAUGGUGGUGCAUGCCUGUAAUCCCAGCUAUUCAGGAGACUGAGGCAGAGAAUCACUUGAAUCCAGGAGGCAGAGGUUGUGGUGAGCCAAGUUCGCACCACUGCACUCAAGCCUGGACAAGAGUGAAACUCGGUCUCAAAAAAAAAACACCAUCUGUUAGGCUGGAUGUGGUGACUCACUCCUGUAAUCCCAGGGCUUUGUGGGGCUGAGGUGAAAGGAUUGCCUGAGACCAAGAAUUCAGACCAGCCUGGGCAACGUAGUGAGAACCCAGCUCUAAAAUAAUUUUUUUGUUUUUUGAGACGGAGUCUCACUCUGUCACCCAAGCUGGAGUACAAUGGUGUGAUGUUGGCUCACUGCAACCUCUGCCUCCUGGAUUCCAGCAAUUGUCUUGCCUCAGCCUCCUGCGUAGCUGGGACUACAGGUGUGUGCCACCACACCCACCUAAUUUUUUUUUUUAUUUAGUAGAUACAGGAUUUUACCAUGUUGGCCAGGCUGGUCUCAAACUCCUGACCUCAGGAGAUCCAUCUACCUCAGCUUCCCAAAGUGCUGGGAUUAAGUCAUGAGCCACCAUACCCAGCCAACAAUAUCUGUUUAAUUAGCCAGGCAUGGUGGCAGUUGUCCUAGAAAUUUGGGAGGCUGAGAGGGGAGGAUCACUUGAGCCCAGUAGGUCGAGGCUAUGGUGAGCUGUAAUCGUACCAUUUUACUCCAGCCUUGGAGACAGAGUGAGACCCGGCCUGUAAAUAAGUAAAUAAAACAUGAGGUUGGGUUUGAGCAUCUAUUCCUGCUCAAAAUUCCACAGGCUUUUCAUACUCAAAAUCCAAACUCCUUACAGUGAUCCAGUUUGCCCUUGAGGCCUCCACCCCUGCCCCUGUCCCCCCGACUCUUAGCAGGCCGGCCUGGCUGUUCCUUCCAACAGCAAUGCUCUGCCUCCAUUGUUGGCCUCCUCUGCAGGGAGGGACUGAGUACUUGCCUGUGUCUGCAUGGCAUGACACAUUGACACCAGGCCCAUGUGUGUGCCCAGAUGGCCAGUCACACAGCAGGUGCUCCCUCAGUGUUGGCCAACUGAGAGGAGCACCAUCCAGUGUUCAGACACCUCCCCGUGGCAAACGCCAUUCAUUGCCCACCAAACGGCCACCUCCUUCCUUAUGGGCGCCCACAUUUUUCAGUGCUGGGCAAAGGCCCCUUGAUCUUGAAGUUGUAGCCUCUUUAUGUCCCAGGAGGGCAGUGACCAGACUGAGCCAGUCAAUCCAGUGAUUGGUUCAGGAGUAGCCUGUGACCAGGAGUCCUGGUAGUGAAAGACUGGGGCAGCCCUGGGGGUGAGGACCUUGCUGAAGCAGCCACAGGCCCUGACUGGACACUGGGCAGCAUCUCCAGCUGCCUACCUGGAGAGCUCCAAGUGCAGGAAAAUAAACCCUGCCUGUUGAAGCCACUGCUCGUGAGGGUUCUGUUUUUUGCAGCCAAAAGCCUUGCUGGAAUGUGUGGCGGUCUCAUCUGCCUGUGUGAGCCUGUGGUGUCAGACUGCGCUGGGGACCCUUCGUACAACUGUUCCAUCACUUUUCAUCUGGCUUGAGGGCUGCAUUGACCACACCCAAAAUCUGCUGUCUUGGAGUCACCCCCAUAGAGUGGUGGUUUCCUUGGGGUGCCCAGCAGCCCCUGAUGCUGGCUUAAGGAGGGUCCUCAUGUACUUGUGGUCCGAGUGGUGGCAUUGACCCCAGAAGCCGCUAUGAUUCACAGUGAGGGCAGAGAGGAACUGAACUGGGUUCAUGAUCCCAUUAUCACAUGGAAAGACCAAACUCCCUAGCAAGAACUAAAUGAAUACUGGCACCCAAGCACAGUCGUCAGGGACCCCCUCCAGCUCUGCUGCUCCACUUCCUCUCACUUGGGUAGUGUGCACCGCGCAUAACUGGGUUAAUCCAGUCACCAGCACCCUGCAGUGCUGGGGCGUGGCAUUCUCUCACUUGGGUAGUGUGCACUGCGCAUAACUGGGUUAAUCCAGUCACCAGCACCCUGCAGUGCUGGGGCGUGGCAUUCUAUCACUUGGGUAGUGUGCACUGUGCAUAACUGGGUUAAUCCAGUCACCAGCACCCUGCAGUGCUGGGGCGUGGCAUUCUCUCACUUGGGUAGUGUGCACUGUGCAUAACUGGGCUAAUCCAGUCACCAGCACCCUGCAGUGCUGGGGCGUGGCAUUCUCUCACUUGGGUAGUGUGCACUGUGCAUAACUGGGUUAAUCCAGUCACCAGCACCCUGCAGUGCUGGGGCGUGGCAUUCUCUCACUUGGGUAGUGUGCACUGUGCAUAACUGGGUUAAUCCAGUCACCAGCACCCUGCAGUGCUGGGGCGUGGCAUUCUCUCACUUGGGUAGUGUGCACUGUGCAUAACUGGGUUAAUCCAGUCACCAGCACCCUGCAGUGCUGGGGCGUGGCAUUCUCUCACUUGGGUAGUGUGCACUGCGCAUAACUGGGUUAAUCCAGUCACCAGCACCCUGCAGUGCUGGGGCGUGGCAUUCUCUCACUUGGGUAGUGUGCACUGUGCAUAACUGGGUUAAUCCAGUCACCAGCACCCUGCAGUGCUGGGGCGUGGCAUUCUCUCACUUGGGUAGUGUGCACUGUGCAUAACUGGGUUAAUCCAGUCACCAGCACCCUGCAGUGCUGGGGCGUGGCAUUCUCUCACUUGGGUAGUGUGCACUGUGCAUAACUGGGUUAAUCCAGUCACCAGCACCCUGCAGUGCUGGGGCGUGGCAUUCUCUCACUUGGGUAGUGUGCACUGUGCAUAACUGGGUUAAUCCAGUCACCAGCACCCUGCAAUGCUGGGGCAUGGCAUUCUCAGAGGAGACCCGCCCCACACUCACCAUGCUUACAGACUAGCAAAGGAGAUCGGCUUAAUCCCAGGAUGUCAGAUGCACCUGAGAUUUCAGUGUGAUAGAAGUCACUACCUCUGGAAGGAUAGGGUGUGUGGAAUUGCCUGACCAGGGACACCAGAGAACCUGGGGGUACUGUAAAUGUUCCAGAUCUUGAGAGGGCAUUACAUGAUGCAUGCAUAUGAAUCAAGCAGUCAAGUCACACACAUAAGAUGUGCACACUUUAUGAUGUCAUAGUGUAUUUUCUUUCUUUUUUUUUGAGGCAGAGAUGGAGUCUCACUCCGUCACCCAGGCUGGAUGCAGUCGCGCAAUCUCGGCUCACUGCAACCUUCACUUCCCAGGUUCAAGCAACUCUCCUGCCUCAGCCUCCGAGUUCUGGGAUUACAGGCACUCACCACCAUGCCCGGCUAAUUUGUUUGUAUUUUUAGUAGAGAUGGGGUUUCAUCACGUUGGCCAGGCUGGUCUCGAACUCCUGACCUCAUGAUUCACCCACCUUGGCCUCCCAAAGUGCUGGGAAUACAGGUGUGAGCAACUGCGUUUGGCCUAUGUAUUUUCUAUUUCAGUAACAAUCUAACCAUGAUAAAUGCUACAAAGGAAGGGUACCUGGUUUUACAAGCACAUAACCUUGAAGUGGGGGUGGAAAGAUAAAUGAGCCUCCCAUUGCCUGAGCUCUGAGGGGUGUUCAAAUGCACUCUGCACCCAACGUUGGAAAGAGAAGCAGAUUUUCCCACUCCCCCAUUCCUCUUUCGGUUUUGCUCUGAUUUGUUUGUGUGAAGAAAUGCUUGUUUUUUAUCAUUAAGCUAUUUUAGCUGGAUGCACCCUCCUCACACAGGCAUGCACACUUAUGUGUGUGCACACAUGUAGGCAAACAGAAAUACCCAUACUCACACACACAGGCACUCACACACAUGUGCAGGCACUCACGUGCACACAAACUAUGCACUCACACAUGCACAGUCACACACACAUGCACAGGCACUCACUCAUGUGCAGGCACUCACGUGCACACAAACUAUGGCACUCACACAUGCACAGUCACACACACAUGCACAGGCACUCAUGUGCAGACACUCACGUGCACACAAACUGCACUCACACAUGCACAGUCACGCACACAUGCACAGGCACUCAUGUGCAGGCACUCACGUGCACACAAACUAUGGCACUCACACAUGCACAGUCACGCACACAUGCACAGGCACUCACUCAUGUGCAGGCACUCACGUGCACACAAACUAUGGCACUCACACAUGCACAGUCACGCACACAUACACAGGCACUCACUCAUAUGCAGGCACUCACGUGCACACAAACUAUGCACUCACACAUGCACAGUCACGCACACAUGCACAGGCACUCACUCAUGUGCAGACACUCACGUGCACACAAACUAUGCACUCACACAUGCACAGUCACACACACAUGCACAGGCACUCACUCAUGUGCAGGCACUCACGUGCACACAAACUAUGGCACUCACACAUGCACAGUCACGCACACAUGCACAGGCACUCACUCAUGUGCAGGCACUCACGUGCACACAAACUAUGCACUCACACAUGCACAGUCACACACACAUGCACACUCAUGUGCAGGCACUCACGUGCACACAAACUAUGCACUCACACAUGCACAGUCACACACACAUGCACAUGCACUCACGUGCACACAAGCUUGCAUAUGCAUGCGUAUUUGUGCUGACAUGCUGUUACUGUGGCCCCAAAAGCUUGCCACAAUGUCCCUGCACUUCCCUUUCUUCACUGCCACUGGUGAUUUACAAAACAGCCCCUUUCCUGUGAGCCUAAGAUAAUCCACUCACCAGGCUGGCAGUCAUCCAUUCCCACAGAGCAGCUUCCUCGGGGAGCCCAGUGUCCUCUCGAAGGGGCUAAGUGUGUUUUGGAAUGUACAGAGCAAACAAACAAGUUGAUUCUGUGGCUUCCCCUCAGGUGCAUUAGGAAGGAAGAGGAGAUAUCCGGAGCCCAAGCGACUGUGUGAAUGACAGGAUGAGGGGCGGCUCCUGCAGGGAAACCCUUCUCCCCCGCCGCCCUGU